UGUAUCUUCCGACUCAUCCAUUCGACAGUCGCUCUCCGUUUCCGGCCAAUCUGGCUGUUUGGAUGUGUAUUCCUGUCAGGGCGGAUCGUCCUUGCAUUCGAAUCCUCCCUAUUCGCAACAGCAACCGCUCAGCAAUCCGGUAGUGGAUCGUAAGCCGGACACUCUCCGACGACGUUUUCCCACGGAGCCCACUGUUGGCAGCGCACCCGCGUUUGCCUCCAGUAUGGUAACUGCGCAGCAACAUCAGUUGUCAGCAGCCUCUGUUCCAGAUGUGGAUUACCCUUUGCCACCGAAAAGAGCAUUUACAGGCUCUGCUACAGUCCCUAUCGAUGCGAAUUGUGGCCUUCUUGCACCUAAUAGGGAUUGUUCGAGAGUGGG